AUGGAUGAUGUUGAAGCUGGAGAAUUAUGGGGUUUCUUUGGUGGAUUUUCUCCAGUUCCAAAGAAAACAACUACAAAUGAUGCUCAAAGGAAAGCAAUACCUGUAGCUGAUGAUUCAUUGACAAAGAAGUUACUAGACACACACCAUUGUUAUCUUCUAGAUUGUGGAACAGAAAUUUAUGUGUGGGUUGGAAGAAGUACUAAUCUUGAAGAAAGAAAAGCUGCAAAUGGAGCUGCAGAAGAACAUUUACGUGUUCAUGAAAGACCAAAAUCCAAUAUCAUUCGAAUGAUUGAGAAUUUUGAGACAGUUUCUUUCAGAUCAAAGUUUGAUUCAUGGCCUCCACUGAGUGAUGUGGUUGCAUCUGAAGAUGGUAGAGGGAAGGUUAACACAAUGUUCCAUUUGGAUCAACCUAUGUAUCUUCUUGGGUUUCUUGCUAACCAGAGCAGGGUUUAUCUCAUUAACAAAGAAUUCAAUCUCAUUGGUUACACUUUGCUCCUUACGUUAAUCGAGUACAAGACACUUGUGAUGCGUGGAGACAUAGAAUGA